AGAAUAUCCCACAUGUCAUAGGUUACCGUCCCACGUUAGCAGAGUUUCCUUCAGUGUAAAAUCGCGCAAUUUUCUGUGAGAAACCAUCAAAAUGCCUCCUAAAAAAGGCGGGAAAGACGGCGGCAAAGGAGGCGGGAAGGGAGGCGGCGGCGGAGGAAAGGGCGGGAAGGGGAAGGGGGGCGGAGCCGCCGCAGAAGGCGCGAGCGGAGACAGUAAGCAGUCGAAAGGAGGAACCUCCGUGAAGGUGCGGCACAUCCUGUGUGAGAAACAGUCCCGGGCGCUGGAAGCCAUUGAAAAGCUUCAGGCUGGGAUGAAGUUUAACGAGGUGGCAGCUCAGUACAGCGAAGACAAGGCUAAACAGGGGGGUGACCUUGGGUGGAUGACCCGGGGGUCGAUGGUGGGGCCGUUUCAGGACGCGGCCUUUGCCCUUCAACCCAGCACGACCCAGAAACCCGUCUACACCAACCCACCAAUCAGAACCAAGCACGGCUAUCAUGUGAUCAUGAUCGAGGGCAAGAAAAUGUGACGUUGGAAAAUCUCUGGUCUGGGUUAGAAUAUUUUUUUUUGGGGGGGGGGAGUCUGUGUGAUAGCCAUGUAGUAACCAUUGAGUGAAAUAGUUUUUGGGGGAGCCUGUACCAUAUAGUCUGGGUGCCAUCUGAUUUGUAACGGCAACCCCGUAAAAAUUUUCCGGGGUUGCCGUUACAAAUCGGGUGGCGUUCAGGCUAUGUGCCAUAGCCAUGUAGUAAUGUAGUAGCCAAACCACUUCAGUGCUAACUCAAGUUGCACAGACCAAAUAAAAUCACAGUCCGAAAAGUUAGAGGCAAUAUUCUCUAUUGUAGAUUUUCUUCUUACAAUUGUAACAUUGUGCAACAGUCUGUACGAUAGAGAUGUUGUAACUAAACAACUGAAAUGCCAACUUAAGUUGUACAGACCCAAAUAAAAUCAGUCUGAAAAGUUAGGGGUGUAUUUAGUGCAAGAAAAGCUUCAGUCUUUUGUAGCUGAACAUCAUUGUAGCUGGAGUUUUGUAAAUCACCACUAGGAGGCAUUGCAGCACAUUGGCCUUUACCUACCUGAAUAUAUAAUAGUUAUCUGUCUUCACAACCUCCUUGUUUGAACUCAGCAAGUGAUUUAUUAUCUUCUAGUUUAUGUGAAUUAAGAAAAAACUUGAAUAGCUAGGGUGACUGAAAAUUCCUUUGAAGAUGGGACAUCUGUAGGUCUUGACAUGUUAUUAGCUGUCCUAGCUUGCUUGUACAUGUAUCAUUACUUCAACUUCCAGGUAAUAAAUGUUUCUUGGAGAAUAAAUACUGCCU